AUGCGAAGAGAGUUAUUCCUCCGGAUAGUAAAUGCAUUAGAGAAUCAUUCAGCAUUUUUUCAACAAAGGGACGAUGCUGUACGAAGAAAAGGGUUGUCACCACUUCAAAAAUGCACCACUGCGAUUCGUCAACUGGCUUACGGAGUCCCUGCCGAUCAUCUUGACGAGUACCUACGUAUGGGUGAAUCAACUGCCAUCAGGUGCCUUUUCAAGUUCUGCGAAUACGUUGUUGAAAUAUUUGGUGAUAGGUACUUGAGAAGGCCAAAUGCUGAUGAUGUUCAACGUCUUCUUCAAAUGCAUGAUGAGAGACAUGACUUUCCUGGCAUGUUAGGUAGCCUUGAUUGCUAUUGGAAAUGGAAAAAUUGUCCAGUUGCUUGGAAAGGUCAAUUUACAAGGGGGCAUGAGUCACCAACAAUCGUACUUGAAGCGGUCACGUCUCAUGACUUGUGGAUAUGGCAUGUAUUUUUUGGGGUCGCCGGUUCACGUAACGAUAUUAACGUGUUAUAUGAAUCUCCCAUAUUCAACAACAUCUUGCAAGGAAAUAUGCCGGCGAUUAAUUUCACGGUGAACGACACUACAUAUACGAAGGGCUAUUAUCUAACAGAUGGAAUAUAUCCCGAGUGGGCUACUUUUGUUAAGGCUUUUCCUUGCCCGGAGGAUCCCAAGAGGAAGUUGUUUAAGGAAAGACAGGAGUCUGCAAGAAAAGAUGUUGAACGGGCAUUUGGGGUGCUCCAAUCUCGAUGGGCGAUUAUCAGAGGUCCAGCUCGGUAUUGGUAUAGGAAAAAGUUAAAACAAAUCAUGUUAGCAUGCAUUAUUUUGCAUAAUAUGAUUGUUAAGGAUGAGGGAGGUCACGUGACAAAUUGGUACAGCGAAGAAGGUGACGAACCCGCACAACCUAUCCAUGGCUCAAAUCGAGGAUUUCAGGAUUAUCUUCGAACAAAUUCUGAGCUACGUGACACUCAAGUUCAUCACCAACUUCGCGCCGACUUAGUUGAGCAUAUCUGGGGGCAAUACAACAACAAUCCAUGA